AUGGGGGCGGUAACAAGUGCGGUGAUAGCAAUCGCCGGAAUAAUCUUGGGAUGGAUAACGAUAGAGAUGGCUUGUAAGCCUUGCCUUGAGAAAGGCCGUGAAGCCAUGGACAGAUCUCUCAACCCCGAUUACGAUCCCGACGAUCAAGACGUCGACGCUGCAUCCUCCGGCGCUGGCGCUCCUCUCCUCUCCAAUCGUCCACCGGAGAUCCCCGAUCCUUCCACCGGGGUGACCAAGUCAGUCUGA